AGUGACUUGACAGCUGGAGAAAUAGCAACGAUCAGACAAAUAAAUUGCUGCAAUCGGAAUUGAAAUGUCACAAAGUGGAAGUUCUGUUUAAACUUUUACUUUGCGAAGUUUUUUGAGAAAUGACUAACAUCUAAACUUAUUCUAGUCAUGUAAAUAGCUAUAAACUGACUAUUAGCAUAGCGUAGAUAAAAAAAAAUUCGUAAGAUGGUGUCCAUUAUAAAAAAUCAGUUGUUGAAACAUUUAUCUAGGUUUACCAAAAAUCUGUCUGCAGAUAAAAUAAACUUAAGUACUUUUAAAGGAGAAGGUGAAUUAUCGAAUUUAGAAUUAAAUGAAAUUGUCUUAACCGAUUUAUUAGAAUUGCCUUCAUGGUUACGAUUAACCAAAGCGUGGUGCAAUAAAGUUUCAUUCAGAAUCCCAUGGACGAAGUUAAAAAGUGUUCCAAUUAUCUUGAGUUUAGAUGAAGUAAAUAUAACAGUAGAGACAUGUGAGGAGCUUCGGUCUAUGUCCGCUCAAGGAGGUUUGUCUUCAUAUGCCGCUGUACCAGGGAAGUACAGCUUUAUUCAUAAAGUCAUAGAUGGCAUUACGGUUACAGUGAAUACUGUUAAUAUAUUAUUUAAUAGUCCUGCAUUUAUAGCUUCUGUUCAAAUAUCAAGAAUAGUGGUAGAAUCAAAGAGUCCAAAAUUUGCAAAAUCUGAAUUACGAAUGACUCGUUUAAAAAAUCCCGAAAAGGGUCAGCUGUUGAUUUUUAAAGAGUUAGAAUGGCAGACUGUUAGAAUUGAGGCUAAAUCAACAAAGGACAAAAAUUUAACACCCUUGAGGCUUUUAACUAACCAAGCUAGAUGUAGGAUCGUUAUUAAAAAAAGACUCUCAGACUGUUUCAUACUCGGUUCAAGACUGGUUAUUAUAUUAGAUGAUUUAUUAUGGGUUCUAACAGACUCGCAAUUGAAAGCAGCCCUGCAUUUCUUGGAUUCCCUGUCAGAUCUUGUGCAAAAAGCCACUCAGAUAACAAGAAAAACCAAAGCUGCUAGGAAACUGGAGGAAUUGCCAGAAUAUCAAGCUCAAUUGGCUCAGGAAGCCCGACAGAGUGAUGCGGGUAACAAAUCAUCUUCUAGAGUAUUUGCUACUUACGACGUUGUGGAAACUUCGUACCAUUUUCUUUCCAAUCAGAUAGUUUUACACUUGUGUGAUGAUCAGGGCUUGGGACGAUCCUCCCAUCCUAACUUGAAAGAUGGAGGAGCUCUUCAGAUAAGUGUCAAGAGAUUUCAAGUUGAUUACUAUCCAUAUCAUUUAGCAAAAGGUAAUAGGAAACAUUGGCCACGUUACAAUGCAAGUUCUGUCCCGCAUUCUAUGUGGCAGGAUCAAGCGUUGAACGCCUUUAAAACAAAAUUCGUGGAUCUCAUAGAUAAAAGUAAACUCCAGCACACACCUCUAUCUAGGGUACCAAAGCAAGAUGAUGCAGUGCCAGUGCCUGAAUCGAAGAAACCUUUGAGUCCAAAUCAGAAGGAAAUAAAAAGAAAAAUAGAGAAUCAGUUUGCAAAGCUAAUGACCACUUGUAUUAUAAUAAGGAUAGAGGAUUUCACUCUGUUUAAAGUUACCACUUCGGGAAAAAAACAGUCUCUAAAAGAAUUUAUUUGUGGCGAUCGAGGACAUAUGAUGUUACCAAAAGAUGCAAGUAUCGUUCAUGCUGAAUUUAUAUAUUAUUAUUAUCCCAACGACUUCCCUUUUCCUUUGCCUCCUCCAAAAUUUUAUGUCCAAUUAAAUCCUAUUUUGAUAGUUUUCGACGUAGAUAGUUGCCUCUGGUUAAAUUCAUUUGGUUUAAACUUGUACCAGUCUCUGAUAGAUUCCAAAAAUGAUGUUCAAGCUUCCAAUUUUACUUAUGUAGAUGUGAAAAUUGAGGCAAUUCUUCCUAGGGUAAACUUUGAAAGUGCUGUCGACCACCCAACCCAGAGAGACAGACCAAAGUGUCUUAGCUUCCAAGUAACUAGAGCCACGAUAACAAAUGUUCGUAGCCUAGAACAGUCCUCCAGAGCUGACCUUGCCAAGUGCGUUGACUCUUUCCAUAUGGGCUCCCUAUUUUUCGGAUCCGACUUUCCCUCUAAACCCAGUGAUUUUUAUAUAGUUACUCAGAAAUUCCUCGAUCACAUUGCUGCAAGUGAUAAUAUCCGUAAUGUGCCUAAUCAAUUAGACAUAUCUUCAUUAGAUGCUCUGAUAGAACAAUUUAGUCGUGAAAUGCUAUGGAUAGAUGCGAAAGAUGUGUGGUGUAUCAAUCUAGAUCCCGUGUGGGGCGAUUUUCACGGUGUUAGGGCAGUCGGCGUGAAUAAACCUGUACCGUUCCUAGAUGCCAUUCCAGUAACGAUUUGGCUUCAUACGCACUUGGAUCCUAACUCCACUCUAAAGCCAAACGAUUUGGGAACACCUGGCACGAUCAAUGCCGACAUUCACGCCCUAGCCCAUAUUUCCCAUCUCGUCAGUGUUCAAAUAAACCAUUAUCAGUAUCUGUUCUUACUAAGGCUAGUUGAAGAUAUUUCUGAGAUGGCUACCUUUUUAUCGAUGGAUUCCGACCGGAUUUUAAAGGUUGAAAGUAAUAGUUCAAUUGCGAUAGGAGCAUUAAUACCUUCCGUGGAGGUAACACUAGUAAUGCCGUCCCAAUGUCCCGGAAAAGAGUCUUCAGGUGAAGAUGUUGAGUCUUUUGUUCCAGAUUCUUCCAGUAUCGCUGAUGAUGUGCCUGUGGGAUCGACGGCUACAGUUUGGCAGAACAGUAUAUCGGCUAUACAAGAAUCCGAGUCCUGGUUGGCCAAUGGUUCUGGUAAGCCCUUGGAAAUAUCGUCAAGUUACUCGAUGGACUUUGCACCUCAACAAAAAGAUAUGAAGUCUCUUUCAAAAACAGCAAAUUCGCCUCUUCAGCCACAGUUAGGAAAUAUCAAUUUACCAAAUAAUUUCAAUGCAGGGUUUACUUCCAUGAAAAAAGGAUUCAGUAAUUUAAUGUCUUCUCUCGAUAGCGCGUUGAAGCCGAGUCCUGACGAUGCGAGCGACACGAUUUCCAUAAGAAGCGACGCCUCAAGUGAUUCAGAAUUUCUUUUAAUAAAUUGUGAGGUGGACAUGCCGGGAAUUGAUCUGAUGUUUGUCGUUAACGAAUUUACAUAUGAACAAGUGAGUGUUGAGGAGGCGGCAGAGGUAAUUGAGGAGGAAAGUACGUUGUCCACGAGUGAACAUUCAAUGGCCAGUAGUUGCAGGAGGAAAGAUUUGAUAUCUGUUUCCACAUUUAAACUGAAUAAAGUGGAAUUUCUUCAGCAGUCAUUGGGUUAUUCUUCUUCCAUAAAGGUACAGGUUGGUGCGGUGUCGAAUGAAGAUUGCUCGUCCAUUCCAUGGGACGAAUUCCAGAGCAAAUUUAGCACGAGAUCCCGAGCGUGGGCGGAAAACCCAACCCAUACCGCAGCAAGUUCUAAAGUAAAACUUCGGUUAGACCAUACCUUAAUGCUACCCAGUUCAAAAUCGAUGCUGGAAUUAGAUUUCACCAACAGAGAGAAUCUUAUGAGACUUUUUAGGGACAUGCUCAUCGUGGAAGUUCGUGAUUUGGCCUUGACGAUGAAUAUGAGUACAGUAACGGGACUGGCGGAUUUGAUAGAGGAUGAGAUUAUUCCAGUGCCAAUUCCUAUGCAGGUAUCAAUUGAAAAUGUCCAAAUACGUUUGAAUGAAGAUCGUCCUCCUGUAAAUAUAACCUCCCCGGGGCCUGUGCCCAUAGAUCUGAAUGUCACCCAACUUUACAUAGUAAGAAACGAAGACGGAGUUUUCAAUAUAGAACCACUUAAAACUACAAGCACUUCUUCUACUUCAUCUCUCGUAGCAGUUCAAGAAACGGAGCAACAUUCAAAACUCAACAGGCAGCUGUCGGCAGAUAACGAGGAGUUGAAGAGGCGCCUUCAAGCCUUCGAGAGAAUCUCGGAGGAGAAUCGUUUGUUACGUAAAACUAAAGAGGAGACGGAUAUCCUCCGUUCUUGCCUCAAGACUUCCCAGGACGAAGUGAUUCGACUUUUGGAUGAGAAGAAAAAGUUACUGGAUGAAAUCAAGGAAAUGCAAGACCAAAUGUCUGCGGAUCGAGGUUGGCAGUGGAACAGUAGUAAGAGAUAGCAAUGUUGUUUUGACUGCACAAACUGCUGUAGUAACAUUAAACGUACGCAGUAGUUAGGCGGUCGUUUGUUUUAUUUUUUAAGCUGAUAUUUAGGUUGCGUUUAGGCUAAAGCUAGUAUGAAGUUUUUUAUGAAAUUAUUCCGAGUCUCAAAGUGCAAAUUUAAACUUGUAGUGCUCCUAGAACUUGACAAUAAUUGCUUUAUUUUAGUCGCUUUGGUGUCUAGCUUGUUUUCUGUUAUUGUACUAUAUCCUAAUAUAUUCUUGUUCUCUCUUCUUCUAGCUUCACCAGGCUUUUGUGACUAGUUGAUUAGUUUCAAAUCAGAUUUUGCCUAUUGCUGGGGGAGUGGCAAUUUCCUUAACUUUUUUAUGCAAAUGACUUUUUUUUUUCUUUAAAUAGUCCUACUGUUUUAUAUGAUAUAUAAAAAUAUGUUGCAGUAUAACAUAUUAUUCAACUUAUUGUACAUAUAAGAGAUAUUUAUAUUUUUCUUUUUAACGAUCAGACAAAAAUUACAUAUUACAAAUGCUGAACUUUAAAUCAAGGCCAAUUUUUCUCAUGUAGCAUUAGUUUGAACGCAACCAAACGUAGUUUUAUAUGAGUCGCAGUAAUAGUCUACAGUUAAGCAGAGCUUAUUUUUCACAAUGAAACUUGUAAAUGGAAAUUUUCAAAAAAUUCAUGUGUUAAAAAUGCCAAAAUGACAACAUAAAGUAUUUUAAUCAAAUUACAAAAAUUUAAGUAAUUAGAGAAUAUAUUUUUUUUGUUUAUACUAAAUAUUUGUAAUGUAAUACUUUUUGAGAAAUUUUUUCAAGAAUCUCUUUGCUUCUCUAGAUUAUUCUAUUGCGAAGAUUUAUUACAUAUAUACCUAUUUUUCUUAAAUAUUGGGAUUAUAGACAUGAUUAAUUUCUAGCGGGAAAAUAUUUUUAUACAUUUCUUAAAUCACCAUUUUAUUGGAAAAAAAUGUCUUACUUAAUGUAUAUUCUGGAGAUGUUGAUUUUCUACCAAUUUAAAUAGUAAAUUUUUAAAAGUAACUCGAAGAAUGUGCUAUAUUUAUGUUAAGUGACCACAAACAUAAAUUAUUUCAGUCAAUAAUUUUUUUAGAGAUGGGCACUUUUCAGAAAAGUGUUACAGACAUGUCUGUUAGGCAUGUCGAUGAAAAGUCCGGACAUGUCGGGAAAAGUAUUUAUGACCUUGAAUCUAAUAAGACACCUAUAAGUGACGUCAUGUUUUCACAGGUUACUGCAUGAGGGUACACAAAGCAAAAUAUUACUUUUAUUCUAAUGAAUAUGUGUCGAUAUAUUUUACUUAUUAUCUACCUUUAGACUUUUUUAUAAACUGGUUCCUAACUUUCCCCGGACAGCCAGUACACUUAUUCAAAUGUUUUUCUAUGCUACUGGAAUUCUUAAAAAUUGUUUUUGAGCAGAAGUUAUAUUUAAAAUGAUUUU